AUGUGGGAUAUUUAUAUAUAUAUAAUUAAUUUCUUCGAAUGCUAUACAGGUGUUGUGGACCCAUUUUUGGUGGACUUGGCACAAUGUGGCCAGAACAAACGAAAUGAAUGUCGUAAUCUUCACUUCUUGAUACAUCGGCGUCGAAAGGUGUUGCCUGUUGUAAUUUCAUGGGUACCCACCCCUGUGAGAUAUACUCGUGGCAAGCCUACGAUCAAAACAGUGACUUACCCAGUUCUUCAUCUCAGCUCUUGGUGCAAGCAAUGUUUUUCUACUGGGGGCCACAUGCUACUUGGCGGAUACAACUUAGACGAUGAGCGCAAGUUCCGCCAGCUAUUUGUGCAGUUUUGGCACCGGUUUCGCUUCUGCCGGCCAGAUUUGGACCUUUACAAACAGGAAUUUGCACAUGACCUUUCACUAUGUAUUCCGGUCGCCUACCAUGGCGAUGAAGGCCGGGGGAAGAUGAAGCGCCCUCUGAUGGUUUUGGCUUUCCAACCGCUGAUUUCCCAUAUGGGGCCCGAGUACACAAAUGCUAACGGGCACAGCUUCACAACCAGAAUGCUGUUUACAGUCGUUCCUAGCGAGCUCUACCAUGGAGACAAAACGAUCGACACCCUGCAUGGGGCCCUUGUCCAAGAUUGGCUCAGUCUUUACAAUGAAGGUUUGAAGGAUUGGUACAAUUUGGGACCAACAAGCAGCACCAAAAGUUGGCCACGUGAUGGUAUUGUCGAAGACCCCUUCAAGACCAACAAGGUGUCCCCAUUACGAAGUUUGCCAUCCUGUAGUGAAGCAUCCUGGGCCAAGCCCGACCCUGCUCAUACGUAUGCAAUUGUCGGCUGGGGCAAAGACAUGGUAGCAUCGAGCAUCAUUUUGCUGGCUCACCUGGGCAUAUGGGGUGGAGGCAGCAUCCAGAAAAAGCUGAAUGAAGCCUUCGAUCGUUUCAAAGUUUGGUGCAAGCUGACUCAUCGGCUCACCCAGUAUCCAGCGGGAUGUGGGAAGGGCUACGACACUGCUGUCAUCGGUGCCUGGCUUCAAACUGUGACUAGAGAUGUGGACCCAUCCGCGGAAGGCUAUGGCCUUCUUGCUGUUCGCUGCGCGCGGCUGCGCUGGCCGCUGUUGGAUUUGGACCAUCAGAUAGCAUGCGGGGCGCAGUUCCUGCUGAACCCGUUGUGUGUCUUG